AUGCUGGCCUGCUUGGGCGCCAGCCUCGGCCUCGCCCCCGCCCAUCUUCGCGGCCCGGCUGCGCGUCUCGCCUUGGGACGCGCGACCCGCGCCUUCAGCGGCCCGCGCCAGGCCGUGAUUGAGGAGCGGCUCGCGAGCGCGUUUGCGCCGCUGCACGUCGUGGUCGAAAACACGUCGCAUGGCGCGCGCAAAAUGCUCUCUCCCACUGCCUCUGCCGCCCGCGCUGUCCGCCGCAAGGAGGACGAGUCGCACUUCAAGGUUGUGGUCGUGUCGGAGGCGUUUGAGGGAAAGCGGCUGGUCGGGAGACACCGCGCGGUUAACGCCGCCGUCUGCGAGCCCGACGGCUCCCUCGGCUUCCACUCCCUGGAGAUUGGUGCCGCAAAGACGCCCGCAGAGUGGGAGCUGGACAGCGCCGUGCCUCCGUCGCCAAAGUGCGCGGGCGGAGAUGGCCGAGGCAUGAGCCGGUGAGGCCGGACGCCGAGGCCGUACUCCCCGUGUUUUGCUUUGGUGGAGCCUGGCUCGUGCAGUGUUACUGGCUGGUGGGUCCAUCCACCAUCCUGCGUCAAGACUCAAGCGUCAAGUGUCAUCCGAUGUCACGUCCACAAUCUACUGUCCGUGUUUGACCCCCGCAGCAGAGGCGUUCACUAGGGAUCUAGGCUCCGACAGUCGACUGUCGUGUGAAAUGUGUCGAACGAAAGAGAGAGUCCGUGGAGUGUGGAGAGAGAAGCGCAGACGGCUCUCCGGGACGCCCCGAGGGCGAGGCGCGUGCAGACGUGAAGAAGACGA